AGAAAAUCUUCCUUCGUUCUCAGUGACUUAGUUCAUUCGUGUCUUUGACCCCAGCAGUAGCACCCAAGCGACUGAAACCGGUCUUACAAAAUAAUCCACAAUGAGAGUUUUGAUUGUACUUGCCGUCCUCUUUGCCGUUGCUUAUGCAGCACCAACAUCCACUCUUGAAAAAGACCUUAUGGAUGCCCCCAAUGCYAAUGCCACAGAGAUCCCACCCGAGAACUCUGAGCUAGAACCCGCUGAGCCUUCCAAGGAAACAGCUGAUKCCCCUAAAGCCGAUAUGCCCAAGGAAGAGCUCCCAGCAGCUGAAGAUGCACCAGCAGAGAAAGAGGCUGGAUCUGCUGCCGAGCCAAAGAACGAMGAAAACGACUUCAGUGACGAUGAUGAUGAUGAGAAUGACGAYGAAGUCGAUGAUUCUGAUGCUGAUGAUGAAGCUGAMGAGGACGAUGAGGAAGAMUCAGGCGAGAGUGGCGAUGAAGAUGAUGAAGAGGAAUCUGGAGACAGUGAAGAGUCUGGAGAGAGCGGUGAUGAGGAAGAGUCUGGAGAGAGUGGCGAUGAGGAAGAAUCUGGAGAGAGUGGCGAUGAAGAUGAUGAAGAAGAAUCUGGAGACAGCGAAGAGUCUGGAGAGAGUGGUGAUGAGGAAGAGUCUGGUGACGAGGAAGACUCCGGAGAUAGCGAAGAAUCUGGUGAGAGCGGCGAUGAGGARGAAUCUGGUGACGAAGAGGAAUCUGGAGAAUCUGGUGACGAGGAAGAAUCCGGAGAGAGCGGUGAUGAGGAGGAGUCUGGUGACGARGAAGAGUCCGGAGAGAGCGGCGAUGAGGAUGAAGAAUAAGCAAGAUACAAUCAUUGCGUCAAAAUAAGAUCUUAACUACUGAGUUUCACUCAGAGACAUUUUGUACCUUUGUACAUGUCCUAAUUAGUCUCGUGCGUUUUUGUUCCUAUUAUGGGAUAUGUGCCGUCUAAGGCCGUUUGUUACGGUGUACAUAAAUAUAUGUCAGUGACGUGUGUCAUUCUACAAAUGAAUAUAAAAUUCUAAUGAAUAAUAGACUUUCUAUUAA